AUGCUUGAGGACGAGGAGCGAGAGGUGCGUGAGAUGGAUGGGGACAGAGAGAGGGAGGAACGGGAGCGGAAGAGGGAGGAAGAAAAUGAGAGGGAGGAAGAGAGGAAUGUGGAGCGCGAAAAGGGGGACUUGCAGCAAAGGGAAGAAGACGAGAGGAAGAGGGAGGAGGCGAGGAAGGUGGACCGCGAAAAGGAGGAGAAUAGGCAGAGGGAGGAGGAAGAGCGUAAGAGGGAGGAGGUGAGGAAGGUGUGGCGCAAAAAGGAGGAAAAGCGGCAGAGGGAGGAGGAAGAGCGGAAGAGGGAGGAGGAGAGGAAGUCUGAGCGCGAACAGGAGGAGAAGCGACAGAGGGAGGAGGAGGAGCGGAAGAGGGAGGAGGAGAAGAAGGCUGAGUGCGAACAGGAGGAUAAGCGGCAGAGAGAGGAUGAAGAGCGGAAGAGGGAGGAGAAAAAGGAGGAGAAGCGGCAGAGAGAGGAUGAAGAGCGGAAGAGGGAGGAGGCGAGGAAGGUGGAGCGCGAAAAGGAGGAGAAACGACAGAGGGAGGCGGAAGAGCGGAUGAGGGAGGAGGAGAUAAGGGCUGAGCGCGAACAGGAGGAGAAGCGGCAGAGGGAGGAGGAAGAGCGGAAUAAGGAGGAUAAGAAGGUGGAGCGCGAAAAGGAGGAGAAGCGACAGAGGGAGGCGGACGAGUGGAAGAGGGAGGAGGAGAAAAAGGAUGAAGAAGAAAGGGAGAAGCGGCAGAAGGAGGAAGAGCGUAAGAGGGAGGAGGAGAAGAAGGCUGAGCGCGAACAGGAGGAGAAGCGGCAGAGAGAGGAUGAAGAGCGGUUGAGGGAGGAGAAAAAGGUGGCGCGCGAACAGGAGGAGAAUCGGCAGAGGGAGGAGGAACAGCGGAAGAGGGAGAAGGAGAGAAAGGCUGAGCGCAAAAAGGAGGAGAAGCGGCAGAGAGAGGAUGAAGAGCGGAAGAGGGAGGAGGCGAGGAAGGUGGAGCGCGAAAAGGAGGAGAAACGACAGAGGGAGGCGGAAGAGCGGAAGAAGGAGGAGGAGAAAACGGAUGAGGAAGAAAAGGAGGAGAAGCGGCAGAAGGAGGAAGAGCGUAAGAGGGAGGAGGAGAAGAAGGCUGAGCGCGAACGGGAGGAGAAGCGGCAGAGAGAGGAUGAAGAGCGGUUGAGGGAGGAGAAGAAAAAGGUGGCGCGCGAACAGGAGGAAAAUCGGCAGAGGGAGGAGGAACAGUAG